ACCUAGAAACGUACCUGCCGAAAGCGGUGAGAUCACCUGUAAAUUUGGGGUUACAGGGGGGCUUUGGCAUUGCGGCUCUUGUUUAAACUUCAACAAAAUGUUCUAGCAAACCUUUUAUUAUUGAAUGAAUGUUACCCAGCUCUGUGUCUUGUACGUAGGUAAUGUGGAACCUUGCAUCUUGCACUAACGCAUAUAUAUGAAAAAUAUCGAUUUGGGUUACACGCUCAUGUGCUCAUCUUUUCAUAGGGAUAUAAAUAUCGAACAUCUUACUCUCCUGAUUUUUAUGAUAGGGUCAUGUCAUUUAGGAAGAGAAACGCUGUCAUCAGCAGCCCAAACGCAGCUGCCCAGGCGGCCCUGGCCAAGAUCGAGAAUGCGCCUACGCCCGGUGUUCGGCCAUCUCCUCUUGAUGGCCGACUAACUACUUCAACGGGCACGGCUUCACUAGAUAGUCUCCUGGCUGGCCAUGCUGGAUUACCCCUGGGAACGUCGCUUCUCGUCGGAGAGCACGGCACCACUGACUUUGCCGGGGUCCUGCUUCGCUACUAUGCGGCCGAGGGAAUGGUUCAGGGGCACCAAAUCCACGUUCUAGGUUUGCACGAGGGAUGGCGUCAUGAACUCCCAGGCAUUGCUGCAGAAGAUAAAAAAUCGUCCAGCAAGGCGGAUAUAGCCUCAGAUGAGAAGAUGAAGAUUGCCUGGAGAUACGAGAGUUUGGCUACUGGAGGUGUUUCUAGGGACAGAAAUGCGAUCACACGACAAAGUAGCAGCUCUAAUGGAUCUACUACUUCCAUAUUCUGCCAUUCGUUUGACCUUGCAAAGAAGCUUGGUCCCGCAGACGUCAAGGGACAGAUUGGGUUCCAUCCUUCGAUGAGCAUACCGAGCCUCACUCAAGCGCCAGAGGCGCUAUCACCCCUCAAGAAAUUUAUCAAGGAUAUCACGCAGAAACUAAUAAAUUCACCACCGUCUUGGAUCCACCGGAUAAUAGUCCCGGGUCUCUUGUCGCCAACUAGUUACUCGAGCUCUUCUGUUCGGCCUGAGGAGGUGUUGCAAUUCUUACAUGCUCUCAGGGGGCUGCUGAGACAGUACCCAACCAAGCUUACGGCGAUAGUCUCACUGCCGCUCUCGCUCUACCCUCGUGGUACUGGACUUACCCGUUGGAUGGAGCUGCUAUCCGACGGUGUUAUCGAACUCAUCCCGCUCCAGUCUGGCGCAAUACACGUCGCGCCCCCUUCUUCCUCCUCCAAAUCAGACUCCAAGUCGGACGAGCAGACGCAAGGUCUCGUAAAAGUCCACAGUCUGCCGAUAUUCCACGAGAAGGGCGGAGGUUCCUCGGAAAGUAAUUCUGCCCACGGAGAUCUGUCGUUUAGUUUGAGCCGGUCCAAGGGCUUGGUUAUUAAGCCGUUCUAUUUACCUCCCGUAGGUGACGAUGAGCAAGAUAACAAAAAGGAGGGAUCUGAAAAGGGAAGCAUGGAAUUUUGAUCCUUUUUUUCUGUUUCAAAUGCAAAUGCGAAUGCGAAUCAUCUAAGCAACAUUUUAUGAUAAUGUCGUUGCUUUAUGAUGAGGGAAUAUACGAUUAUACACGGUGCGAAAUGCAGUUUAUAGCCAGACUUUAAUACGGUGUCUGGACCCACAACACAAGCACAAGCAAGCUAAUCAUCUAACUAAUGAGCUUUCUCAAUUUCUUUUUAAAGCUCGAACCAGAAAAAAAAAGUUCGUGAUUUUUCAUUAACAGUCAAUAUUUUUCAACACUCAACAUCAAGAGCUGGUAAGUUCAAAAUAUUCCCCCAUUUUCCUUUGCAAAACACACACUGUUCGAAAUGAUUACACAACUCAUCUGUCAAUCCACUGAAAUAAAACAAUGUUGAUAAAAACCUUCCGUGUCUGGAAAUUUAUGAUCGUCCAACCUAUAUCUUAUUAUACCUUGUUGUCUCACAAAAACCUUUGACAAUGUAUCGAGACUGACUCACUCC